UGCUAGCGCCCCCACGUACACCCGUCGCCGCCGCGCGUCCCCGGCGCGAAGCCCCUAUAUAGCGUGAUGACGGCCGUGCACCAUGCCUCCAUCACCACCCACAGCAUACGGCUAGAACGAACGCCCCAGCGAGCAAUCAGCCACCAAAAAUCGAUCGGAGAAACAGAGGAGACUUGAGCUUUUGAGCAAGUAGAGGAGAGCAGCGAUGCCGUUCGUGCCGUCGUGCGUGCAGUGCGGGACUCGGAGCAACCCCUGCCGGUGCAAGGUGGUCGGGCCGACGCUGGGGUUCGUGGCCUUCGUGGUCACCGGCGUGGUUGAGUGGCCGCUGGGCGCGGCGGUGUACCUGUUCCGCCAUCGCAAGGGCCGCCGCAUCAUGGGCCACCCCGCCAGGGUCGUCUACCCCCGCGUCACCAGAGCCAUCCCCAUCUAAUCCUGUUCUGGUCUCGUCUCUGAUCCCCUCCUGGCUGUGUGUACGAUGUAAUAAUGCAACCUGGUCCGUCAGCUUGUGUUGUUGAUUGAUUGUUUCUAAUCAAAUCAAAUAAAUAAGUAAAUAGGGUGUUGGUUUGUUUGUUUGUG